UCCCUCCUCCCUCUCGCUCACACACACCCCCGCUUGGGCCUCCUCGCUCUCUCUCCGGCUCCAUUUUCUCCGCCGCCGGGGGCCGGGGUCUCCUGUGGGGGGCCCAGCCGGUACCCUAGGUCUCCCUCCAGUGCCGGGGUGAACCCCGCAGAGCCGCGAGGGGGGAGACGGGCGGGGUUGGGGCGGAGGGAGCAGCGGCCCCGGCGAGUUUGGGGGGAGUAACCCGGCGGGGGAGGGGCGGAGCAGGGAGGGGGCCUCAGGGCCCCCCCCAGCGAUGGACGAGCGGCUGCUGGGGCCGCCCCCUCCUGGCGGGGGCCGCGGGGGCCUGGGAUUGGUGGGUGGGGAGCCCGGGGGCCCUGGCGAGCCUCCCGGCGGCGGCGACCCCGGUGGGGGUGGCGGGGGGGUCCCGGGAGGCCGAGGGAAGCAGGACAUCGGGGACAUUCUGCAGCAGAUAAUGACCAUCACCGACCAGAGCCUGGACGAGGCCCAGGCCAAGAAACACGCCCUCAACUGCCAUCGAAUGAAGCCUGCUCUAUUUAGUGUCCUGUGUGAAAUCAAGGAGAAGACGGGUCUCAGCAUUCGCAGCUCCCAAGAGGAGGAGCCGGUGGACCCCCAGCUGAUGCGCCUGGACAACAUGCUUCUGGCAGAGGGUGUGGCUGGGCCCGAGAAGGGCGGGGGCUCAGCGGCAGCUGCAGCGGCUGCAGCAGCCUCGGGGGGCGGCGUGUCCCCAGACAACUCCAUUGAACACUCGGACUACCGCAGCAAGCUCGCCCAGAUUCGCCACAUCUACCACUCGGAGCUGGAGAAGUAUGAGCAGGCGUGUAACGAGUUCACAACGCACGUCAUGAACCUGCUGCGCGAGCAGAGCCGCACGAGGCCCGUGGCGCCCAAGGAGAUGGAGCGCAUGGUGAGCAUCAUCCACCGCAAGUUCAGUGCCAUCCAGAUGCAGCUCAAGCAGAGCACGUGCGAGGCCGUCAUGAUCCUGCGCUCCCGCUUCCUGGAUGCCAGACGAAAGCGCCGCAACUUCAGCAAGCAGGCCACUGAAGUCCUCAAUGAGUACUUCUACUCCCACCUGAGCAACCCGUACCCUAGUGAGGAGGCCAAGGAAGAGCUGGCCAAGAAGUGCGGCAUAACGGUCUCUCAGGUCUCCAACUGGUUUGGCAACAAGCGGAUUCGCUAUAAGAAAAAUAUUGGAAAGUUCCAGGAGGAGGCAAACAUCUAUGCCGUCAAGACCGCGGUGUCAGUCACCCAGGGCGGCCACAGCCGCACCAGCUCCCCAACACCCCCUUCCUCCGCAGGCUCUGGCGGCUCCUUCAAUCUCUCAGGAUCUGGAGACAUGUUUCUAGGGAUGCCCGGGCUCAAUGGAGAUUCCUACUCAGCUUCCCAGGUAGAAUCACUCCGACACUCCAUGGGGCCAGGCGGCUACGGGGAUAACCUCGGGGGAGGCCAGAUGUACAGCCCUCGAGAAAUGAGGGCAAACGGCGGCUGGCAGGAGGCUGUGACCCCAUCCUCAGUGACAUCCCCAACAGAGGGACCAGGAAGUGUUCACUCUGACACCUCCAACUGAUCUCUCCCCUCAGGGCCACAGGGGUGGGGGCUCUCCUAAGGCAACUUGAAGAGGACGCAGGCAUCCCCAGGACCAGCCCCAGACAGAAGCACAAGACACAAGGGCGAGUGGGGUGGUCCCCUGUCACUGCUGGGUGCUGACGACAUGGCAGGGAGAACAGGGCCAUGAGGGGAGUGGGGUCUGUCUUCCCCUUGUUUCCUUUUCCCAGUCUCUCUCUGGCCUUCUUCUGUCUCACACACCCGAUUCUCAGACCCCUGUUCUCCCCCUCAAAUGGGGCCUUUGCCCCUCACAUGCUCCCUCGCAGCUCUUGUUCCUCUCUGCCUCCUCCCCACCCCACUCCUCCGCUCUGGAAUCUGGAGACGUCAGCCCUGCCCGACCCAGAGAUGCCAAAAAUGGGGACUUGACUUGUGGACAGAGGACAUGGGCCGCGCCCCCUGUGCACCCACCCCUGCCCCUCCAGACGGCUUUAUUACCUCAUACGCAGCUCAUCUUAAACCAAUAGAAUCGCUCGGUGGACGAGAGUGUCUGACUCAGAUAUCUACCUCGGAGGGAGUUUCUGCUACUUUAGGGAAUUGUUGACUGGGCUUUGGGGUUGAAAUUUUUGUUUUUCCUUUUUAAAGAGAAACCCUGGGAUCCA